GCAUGCAUUUAUCCACCAGAUCGAAUAAUAGUUCCGAGGAAAUGAUACAAAUACCAAUUAAAACCAUCAAAACCAUUGAUGAAUCAUGGAAUUUCUUUAUAACAUACUUUUUAAACACCGGACUUUUGUGGGUACUUCAACCACACACACGUGACCUAGUGGGAUUUGAGAAAU